CCUCCACUCGCUGCUAUCGCAGUGACUUCACAGCUUGAUCUCCUCUCCAUUCAUCUUGCUGUCAUCUUACACUGACGUCGUGUACCACCUUAACAUCCUGCGCACAUAUUUAAUGAAUCAUCUUCGCUGCUAAAAUGUUACUAGUCGACUAUAUAACCGUCACACAACACAGAUUCAAUAAAAUAAGCUCAUAUAAUGCUAAAAUUACCCAAAGGCCUUAAGAAGAAGAAAAAAGGUAAAAAGUCAAAGCGUAAAGGCGAAGAAGAACUUUUUACAGAAGAAGAAUUAGAAAAAUAUAGAAAAGAGCAUCAACAGCAACAAAUUGAAAGUGGAGAUGGUGCGGUAAAAGAAAAUGAAGAGUGGUCAAAAUUCAAAGAUUUAACAACAGGAAUAGAUUCUGUUCUUAAAAAAACUCAAGGUGAUUUAGAUCGAAUAAAAUCUACUUCAUUUUUUCAACGCGUUCAACCUAAAGAGGAGGAGCCGCAAAUUAAAGAAGCAACCGCGAGGCCUGUCGUAGAAGUUACUGAGGCCGAUUUCCCGCAACUGGUACAAACUACAACUGAUCCCGAUGAAGAUAAAAGUGAUUACGGAUUAACAGAUGAAGAGUCCGAGGAAGAGGAACAGGACGACAUCUUUGACACUUCUUACGUAGAAGCUGUUGAACGCGGCGAAGUAAAACUCGCCUACGUACCGGACUCGCCUGAAGAAUUUCAAGAUGAUGGAUUGUUUGACACAUCACAUGUUGAAGCGUUAAUCAAAGGUCAAGACGUCAAAAGUAAGGGGGACAAAAAGAUCUUAGAUAUUGGAGUCGCUGUUGAAGUUCUUACGGGUCGCAUCGAUAAUUUAACUGUCACAUCAAAAAAACGCAAACGAAUAAUUCCUGGAGAUCUCCUAUUAGAGAGUGUUGACUCUGAUUUGCCAGUAGUUGUAAAAACUACUGAGGAUGAACCAAUAGAAUCAAGUAUUUUAGAUGCUGACACUGACGUACCUAUAACUACACCUAUCGAUCUGAGUAUUUCGCUCCACACGUCACUCAUACAACAAAAUAAAACAAGCAGUCAAGAAAAUAUUUCUGACCUUGGUAGUGGUGACACAAAAAAAACAAAAACUGAUGAAGAAGAGGACGAUGAAUUUACAUUAUUAGCGACAGAAUCACUUGAAACCAAACCUCAAGUAACAAAACUAGAAGAAAAAGAGAUUAAAGUCGAACCAGUAAUCAAAGAAUCCUGGUCUGCUUUUGAAGCCGACAAAAACGAGUCUGUUUUUGCUGAAGGGAUAGUUGAAGAUCAAAUUGAAAUUUUAGACCCGUAUAUUGAUCAAGACGAUCCUUUUGACACUAGUUUCGCUGAUUCUGUAAUACCUACUACACAAUCAGUACAAAUUGAAUCAAAACCAACCAUAUUAGAAGACGACGAAGACUUUGAUCCUCGGGCGGAAGAAAUUCGUGGAAAAUUGAAUAAUCGACGUAAAUCGUCUGUGAGAAUACAUUUAACAAAUCCUUUGGGCAUAAGGGAAUCGAUAACAUCCGAUGAUAUCAUCGACACUGACGCAAAUAAAGUACCACGUGACUUGUUAGGUGGGAGUAGUACUGAUUUAAGUCAGUUAGGUGAUUCGCCACUAGAUCCAUUGGAUGCGACCAAUUCCGAUAUAGAUCCGUUUGACACUACCAUUGUUGACAAAGUCGUAGCACCUGGAAAAGUUGAACUUAAAUUAUUGGAGCAAGAAUUGAUCGGUGCUACGCAAUCUGUUAUCUAUCGCGUGCCAAGUGAUCCCGAUUUUGAUCCACGAGCUGACGAGCCCAAACAACAGGAGAGAAGAGCGUCGCGACCAGAAAAUCUUACUGUUAGUAAAAGUGUUGUAUUCAAUGUUGAUGGUGUAGAAACUACUGAUCUUGAUUCGAAAUCAAAGCCAAUUAAGCCUUUAACUCCAUAUUAUACAAAGGAGCUGUCAAUAACCGAAGACAUAAGCGAAAGUGGUGAGGUUAUUGACAAAGGCAACCAAGAAUUAACUCGAACUCGGUCCGAUGAAGAUUUGUCUACCAGUAUAAAAUCCGUAUCUAAGAGACGUCACUCAGAAUAUCCUCAAAUAAACCAACCAAAAAAUAAUUUUAACUCAGCUGAUCUUUUCACUACUACUUGUGAAAUACACGCUAAAGUCCUUACACCUUCGGGCCUACAGUUAGAACAGAGCAACAUUCAGAAAGUUGAAGAAGAUCCUUUUGAUACUUCCUUUGCAUCUGAUAUUAAACCAAGUAAAACAGAAUUAAAAUUACUAGCCAAAGAACUAGAUGUUGAUGAUUCUAAAGUAGUUUCAGAAUCAGAAGGAGACCGCGACUUUUUGGAGACAUCAGACGAUAUUUUCCAAGUUAAAGCUUUAACACCACAACCUGUAGGUUUAACGCAAUCACAAGAAGACUUUGACCCUUUCGAUACUUCUUUUGCAACUGCUCUAAAUCCAGGAAAAACAGAAUUAAAUAUGAAUGAACCGACAGCUCCGGCAACGGAAGAUGUACUUAAUCCUUUCAUGAUGGUCGAUAUUGAAUCAUCAGCGUUAACAGGAGACAAUCCUUUUGUGGCCAGCAAUCCGUUCUCAGACUUUGGCGAAAAUUAUGAGCCUGCUGUCGGUGAUACAGUGCCUGUUGACAUAUUUGGAGGAGAAAGCCCAACAAAUUUGGGGGCUAAAAACUUUGAAAAUACUCCACUAGACGUGUUUACUGGUCAACAGCCAGACUCAGAAAAGUUUACAAAACCAACAGAAUUAGAUCUAGUCUCAACUAUAGUGGAUUCACCAAGCCCAACAAGUGAAACGUGCAGUCGGGAGCCGCCUACCCAUUCACUUCCUCCUGAAACACAAAACUUGAUUCUGAGUGUGACUGGUCAAAUGGAAUUUACCAGUACACAUUUGCUUGAUCGCAUUCCGCCGACAAGAACACCCAGCCCAGUGUCCGUGCGAGAUAUUCAUUCUCCGAGUCCUACGCCUGAACCGGAGUUCCACGAGGAGGGAACCACGAUUGAAAAUGUCGAAGAAACCAAACACAAGCCAGCAAGGCCGCCACCGGCACGACCCCCGCGGCCGGCUCCGCCUAGCGUUGCGCCCCCGCGACCUCAGGCACCACCCAGCCCCGUGCCGCCACGUCCUGAGGCGCCUCCCAGCGUUGCACCCCCACGAACUCAGGCUUUGCCAUCGGAUGACAUAAACCUUUUUGAUGCACCUGUCCCGGUACUCACAAAACCGACAAAGGAAGACAUUUUGAGUUUAUAUUCCGCCCCGAAAAAAGAAGAAAAGCAGAUCGAUUUCUUAAGUGGCGAUAUUUUAGAAGACAUGCAUCCAGAUUCGGGCUCUGAAAUACAUACUUCGAUGAUUACAACAAUGAAUACCACAUCGCCAUUGUUUCAACAUGACUUUGUAACUAACGACAAUGUCAUGGAUGACACUAUUAUUCCUAUGGAUUGCUCUGAACCCAUGGAUAUAUCACAAACAAACACCUCACCUCCCAUGGAAGAUAUAGAUGAAAAGCUCCAAGAAUUGGCGGAAUUUGAAAAAAAUCCAUUUGAAACUGACGAACAAAUAGAUGAAGAUCUGCCGAGCUUUAGUAAUGAUGUUUCUGAUAUUUUUUCAUCUCAACCUGAAGAUUCUUUUAUGGCAUCGAAUAUUGAGGUUCAAGAAAAUCAAAAUGAGGCAUUUGUACAAAUCCAACCCAUAGAACAAUGUCCAAAAACAGAGCACAAAAUAUUUAUGGAAGCUGAAGCAGGAACUAUGGUCAACGAGGACAUCACCUUUGAUACUGAUAAAAGUGACAUCGUCGUGAACAACACAGGUGUUCCGUCCUCGUCCGACUUCGGCUGGGACACAUCCGAAACCACGGUACACGAGUCUGCCCAGCCGUCUGAGGACGCGUUCGACGCCUUUUCCGCUAAAUUUGAAUCUGCAACCCCCAGCCACAUGCAAACGGACGCGUGGGGUGACAACGGCGGCGCGGAGACAGCGCCGGAUGGCUUCGAGGCGGAAGCAUUCGACCCCUUCCUGAGCCUGCAGGCACCGCCACCUGCCGCCACUCCAUGCCUCGACCGUCAGGGCUCACGGGACUCUGCCGAUGAUACGUUCUCCGUGUUUAUAAGACCCAAGGACGACUCGGGCGGAGCAGAGUCGGCUGUGCCCGUACUGGCCCCACCGCCCAGACCCCAUGCGCUGCCUGACUCCCCACGCACCAACCCCUUCGACAAGGGUGAAGCUGAACUACAGCCCGAGACCAACACGCAAUAUGAAGACAACCGUCGGCAGUCGGGUGGGGGCGGGGAGACGCCACCCACACCUUUGUUUGACGAGGAUGUAUCGGCGCCGCUGGAGGACUUCCCGCGCACCACGUACACCGGCCCGGGCUGGGAGAUGCACCUCCGACAGCCCAAUAAGAAAAAAAUCACCGGUCAAAGGUUCUGGAAAAAGAUGUUCGUGCGGCUGGUGUACGCGGGCGAAGCGCCGGCCGUACAGCUGCUGGGUUCACCGACGGACAAGGAACCGCUGCAAGAGCUGCCACUGCAGGCUUGCUAUUCCGUGUCCGACGUCGGCGCGCAGCAGUUCGACCAGUUUGGCAAAAUCUUCACGGUCAAACUGCAAUACGUCUUCUACAAGGAGCGCCCUGGAGUCAGGCCUGGGCAGGUGACGAAGGCGGAACGCAUCACCAGCAAACUGUCCCAGUUUGCGGCGUACGCCAUGCAGGGCGACUACCAGGGCGUCAAGGAGUUCGGCAGCGAUCUGCGCAAGCUGGGCCUGCCCGUCGAGCACGCACCGCAGGUAUCGCAGCUGUUCAAGCUGGGAUCCUUGAGUUACGAAGACGUGAAGCAGUUCUCGUGCUGCGUAGAGGAGGCGCUGUUCCGACUGCCAGCGCACCGCGACCGCGCACUCACCUACAAAAUGGAGGAGGUGCAACUGACUGCGGUGGACGAGCUGUACGUGGAGCAGGACGCGGAAGGCGGCGUGCUGAAGCAGAUUGCUCGAGUGCGGAUCUUUUUCCUCGGCUUCCUCAGCGGCAUGCCGGACGUGGAGGUGGGGCUGAACGACCUGCGCCGGCAGGGGCGCGAGGUGGUGGGACGCCACGACAUUAUCCCCGUCGCCACCGAGGAGUGGAUCCGCGUUGAGAACGCAGAGUUCCAUGCCUGCGUGCAGCCGCACGAAUUCGCCGAAUCACAGAUACUCAAGUUCAAGCCGCCAGACGCAUGCUACAUAGAGCUGAUGCGGUUCCGUGUGCGGCCGCCCAAGAACCGCGAGCUGCCGCUCCAGCUCCGUGCGGCCUGGUGUGUCGCCGGCAACAAGGUGGAGCUGCGCGCGGACGUGCUAGUGCCGGGGUUCGCGUCACGCGCGCUGGGACAGGUGCCGUGCGAGGACGUCGCUAUCCGUUUCCCGAUCCCCGAGUGCUGGAUUUAUCUGUUCCGCGUCGAGAAGCACUUCCGCUACGGCUCCGUCAAGUCUGCGCACCGGUACCUAGCACAUCUCACAUAUUACUCUUUCUACUCUUUCUUGCGAAACUUGCUUGUCCCCGUGGCCGGUCGGUAA